GUUUAACAGAGAAAAUGUAGAGUGGCUUGCAAACCAUUUUCUUGACAAUAAUGAGGAUCCCGUAGAAACAAUGAAAAUGGAUAUAUUUUUGAGAAGUUUAGGAGAUCCUGGAUUCCAGCAAGGAGUUGCUGUUGAUUUAGAUGUAAACCAAAGUACUGUAUCCAGAACCUUGAUUACUGUAUCUGAAGCAAUUUAUUCCAAGAGAAAUAACUGGAUAACAUUUCCUAAUACUAACGAUUUACUUGGAGUUGCUAUCAAUGAGUGGGCAAAUACCAAGCGAAUGCCCAGUGUCAUAGGUGCUAUUGAUUGCACUCACGUUAAAAUAACAAAGCCACGAAUCCAUGGUGAUGAAUAUGUGAAUAGAAAAGGGAUAUGUUCAACAAAUGUAUAA